AUGCGACGAGAAGCUGCCUUGUGCAAAUUCGACACGCAGGACGCUGUGGUCCCAAAGCACAACGAAGUGCCAAUUCGGCGAAAUCCCAGCCCGCUCAACCCCUUAGCUCUCAACGAACGAGAAGGUAGAGCGUAUCGAUUCUUCCAGAUCAUCGGCGCUCCGGCACUUUCGAGCGGCUUCGAGUGCGAGUUUUGGGGGCGGCUCGUUCUGCAACUUGCCAACGCCGACGACGCCAUCUUUCACGCGACUGUUGCUCUGGGGCUUCUGCUCGAGGACAUGCACAACUGGCCGAUCUCAUGGCCGGUGCCUCGCCAAGCCCCGCCAACCGAACGGACGGCGAACGCGCUACGGCACUACCAGACAGCACUGCAGCAGCUGUUCGUCCCUGUUGUCGGAAAGGAGUCGGCAAAUGCCAUCUCACUUGCGUCUGCUGUGGUCUUCGCAUGUAUUGAGACACUUUGCGGCAACGCUCGUAAUGCUAUGAAAUUGAUCUCCUCUGGGAUCAGCAUCUUGACGCAGCUUGAAGCCUCCAUCUCAUCCCUUGCAAAUCUUGAGAGUUUUGCACCAUUUGUAUCUGUGUUUGUACGGCUAGACUCUUACAUGAGAGAGCUUCUUCAAACCGAGCAUCACGUACGACCCAAGCCGCCUGUUUUCAGACAUAUAAGACCAUGCCCGCCGGUAUUCGGCAGUCUCAGAGAAGCAAACAGACAACUCGAAAUUUUGGAAAACCUCUGCCUAUUCAUGGUAGAGCAACAAGAGAAGCCACGGGAGGUCCAAAGUAUGCCGACUCGGACUUCCUGCCAGAGCAUGUAUCAGGAUUGGCUAGAAGCCUUCAAUGCCAGCUCCAUCUCCACAAAUGACGAGAAUUCGCAUGCACUCCUUCAUAUCCGGCGAUUGGACCUCUAUUUGACCCUCCAUGGCCCGGAAGAUACCUGCCCUCAGUCUGGCUGGGAUUACUUCCUCCUAGAGUUCAUCGAGAUGCUCACGUAUGCCGCCCCAGCGUCCCGUUGGCAACACAUGUCUUUCGUCCUAGGUGGCGGCUUCAUCAUGCCCCUAUGCAGACUUGCUCUGCGAUGUCGGCAUCCAAGCACAAGGAGAGCCGCAAUACACAUCCUACGCGGUGCCCGACGUCGAGAUGGCCAACUGGAAGGGAUGCUAGCCGCGCGGGUCCUAGAGCGCAUCGUAGAUGUCGAGGAAGAUGGGUUAGGUGAGAUUACCGAGUCCAGUGACGUUCCCGAGGUAGCUCGGGUUGCCGGCGUGUUGGUCAAGUUUUUGAGCGGAAAGGGGAGGGCGAAACUGACGUAUUCUCGUGCUGCUGGCCCGAACGGCGUGCGGGCAUUGGUUGAAGAGGAGCUUUCGGGAGGGUCACAUUUCAAGGGGGAUUAA